AUGACAGAGAGUAAUUCAAAUGUGCUUCUCUCUCAGACGGUAGAUAUGCACCGUGAGAAGGUGGCUCGGAGAGAGAUCGGUGUGUUCACCACCGUGAAGAAGGUGCCGCGUAGCCAGAAGAUCAUCUCCCCCGCCCCCCAGGAUGCCCAGCCAAAGUACUCACGCACACCCAUCACCUACUCUGCCCUGGAUUCAGUGGGACAUGGCAUGAAGGACUCUGGGAAGCAGCUGGGAAAGACAGGCACCAUGAUCCGCAAACAGAGCAGCCGGGAUGCCGGGGGCACUCUGGGCCGGAACAGCCGUGCCCCCGAGCCCGUGCAGUGCCCCGUGGCCCCAGCGAUGUCCAGGGGACCAUCCCUCUCCUCCCUCAAUGAGCGCUCCGUUGGGUCCAGCUUCGGAGUUGCAGUGCCCCCACCUGUGAUUCCCAACGUCACCGCUACUCCCAUGGAGGACAAUUCACUCCCUCCCCCUUUCCUGGCUGAGCCCAGCGUGCCUUAUCCGCCACCUCCUCCAUCCUCAAGCAACUCCCUAGAUGUGCCUCCCCCACCACCUCCGCCACCCCCCCCACUAGAGACCGUGGCUGAAGAAAACUCCUUCCCUAUGAUACCAGACCAGCCUUUGCCCCCCCCUGCUGUUGAUGUCCUCGAUUUUCCGGGCCCACCUCCUGUACCGAAUGAUUUCAGCUCAGUUCCUCGCUCCAAGCGCUCUCGGGGACAGCGCUACCCGCCCAGCUCACGCUCAGGGUCGCUCCGGGGCCGCCUGACCCCCUCCGUGCGCUCGCUGCACACUCUGUCUCUCACUCUCCCCUCUUCUCGCCCACUCAUCAUCCCCCCGCCCCCCCCAUACCCUCCUCCUCUAGCCCCCCUGGCCUUGUUGAGCCCUUUGUACAGCCUGACCUCUCGCUUACAGCAUCUGGACCUAGAGUUCCAGAUUCCACCCCCUCCCCCUGAUACCACAGAGGAAUAUGGUGAUAUACCACCCCUCCCUCCUCCUAUUGAUUAUGACCAGUGUGCACCCGCCAAUUACCUGGAGAAAGUGGUGGCUUUGUACAGCUACAGCUCAGACAAGCUUGGCGACUUGACCUUCCAAGAAGGUGACAUCAUCUACCUAACGAAGAGGAAUGAGGACGGCUGGUGUGAGGGAGUCCUGAACGGUGUGGAGGGCUACUUCCCAGGCAACUAUGUGGAGCCCACCAGCUAACAAGCUCUUCCUAUACCAGUGUUUGUACUACAGUGGGUCUACUGGGAGAACGAGCUGUUGAACACUGGCUCCAUGGGCAUUACUUACUGUCCAUUUUGAUUUAUGUUUUUAUUGUACUUUCACACUGUUGCUUGAAUACAAGUCAAGGCAAAAGCUGAUGGGUUGCCCCAAGCAUAGCUGUUGUAGGAAUUCUGCAGUCAGACUGUUUCUGGGAUUAUUGAGAGGGUGUCGUAAAUCUGUUCAGUUUGUUAGCAUAAAUAGCUUCUGCAAUGGAAUUGAACUACAACACACGAAGUCUGCACUCGCAGAUUUCUCGCUCAGUUUCCAAAGUCUUGUUUAUCCUCAUGAAUCCUCUCCAGGAUUUUCCAUUGCUGUGUGCUGAACUGCCGUCAGACUGAAGAUUAAUAUCCUGCAUAAAGAUUAGUAACUUAGUUUGGGGUUUGGGUGGGAAAAAAAAGUAUUUUUUUAUCUUUUUGUUAUCAUUUAAAUUAUGUGUUCUCAGGUAGUGCAAAAUACAAGUGAAAACGAGGCAGCAUAUUGUACAGGUAACUUUACUCUAACAUAUAUACAAUGUUUAAUGAAUUAGGUCUAAAAUGUUCUUCCUGAGUACAUGCAUUUAAUUUUAAAAUUUGCAAAAUUUUCUAUUUUAAUAUAAUUGUGCCAAAUGUCAUACUAUAAGCAUCUAAAAAGCCUAAAAUAAAGUAAUAUAUAAAUUUACAGAACAUUAUGUAGAACAUUGUGCAAUUAUUUAAAAUGACAUAUACAUGUAGUUUUUAUGUUUUCACAAAUAUAGCAUUUUACUAAUGUGAUCAUUAAAAGGAAAAGGGAAAUACUGAACAUGUGUUAAAAAUAUUAUUUUGACAACAAAAUUAAAUAUAACAAUAUUUGCUC